AUGUCGAAUAGCAAGCCCCAUCAAUGUCAUCGGUGCCCAAGGGCCUUUGCUCGGCUAGAACAUCUUCAAAGACACGAUCGCUCACAUACCAAAGAGAAACCGUACAUUUGCGAUCAAUGCCCGAAGGCCUUUACACGCAAGGAUCUGCUGGGCCGUCAUGAGCGUCUUUCGCACAACCCCGACGCCAGUCCAGCUAGCAAUCAGACACACACGCCCUCCCCCGCAAAUCCUCCCACCCUAAACGGGUUAGAGUCUUUGGCAUCUGUAGGCGCGAAUCACACCCAGUCUAAUCGCAGUGCUUUACACGGGUCCGAUGAGCAUUUCCCAGCAUUAUCGCCGGCCAUACAGCGCCCGAUGCUGGGUGCUCACUUGGCCAGCACAGAAACCCCCUCUACAGGACCCAGAACCCCAUCUCCAGGCCCGGAUUUUGGAUAUGCUCUAAGUGGAUUCGGACCAGGAUCAUAUCAUGGCCAUGACUUUACCUCCUUUUUGGAUACCGUCCCCUUGCCAAAUCAUCCUUUCUCGCCGGCUUAUCAGCCACUCCCGCUAUUCCCACCGCUGAACUUCUCACCGGUUCCGGACUAUGAUCGAUCUUCUGAUAGAGGGACGCUGACUGAAAAUACCCCAUCAACUCCUUCGAGUUCUGUACUUCCCCGACAUGGCGCUCAGUUGCCCUCGCUCCAGCCGGAGGGGUAUCACAUCUCUCCCAAGACCCGCCAGCCCACGGGAUUUGUACCGGUCACGGCUCAAUGCCGAGAGAAGCUCUUGGAUAUGUUAUCCGACUACGCCAAUGUGGUCCCAGAUCCAUCGCUGCCAUCUCGACAUGCGCUAUCCCGAUGUCUGACGGGAUAUGUAACCGGGUUUCAUGAUCACUACCCAAUCUUGCAUAUCCCAACCCUCGAUGUAGACUCGAUGACAUUACCGCUCUUCCUAUCAAUGGCGGCAUUGGGUGCACGGUAUUGCCGCGAGCCAAACACUAGCAUGCAUCUCUAUCAGAUUGCCAAACCAGUGACUUUGGAACAUGUUCGUCGGGUCUUCCAGUCGGGCAAGCUGCCUCCGAUCAACGCGGCCGACGACAUUGAUACGCUGGAAACUCUACAAUCGUUAUUGUAUCUGACUUCGGUGUCAUUAUGGUUUAUCAAUAAUCCCCCAUACCACGAGGCGCUGUCGCUUCGCAGUCUAAUGGAAAUGCUCAUCCGAAAAGGAGGACUCAACCGACUGCCCGAACAUGACGGGACUUGGCGUAGCUGGAUACGACAGGAAUGCGUAAAGCGCACCAAACUAAUCGUUCUCUGUUUCUUCAACAUCCAAACCAUCGUCUUCGACGUCCCACCAGUGAUUCUCACUGAAGAUUUCACAAUCGAACUACCCUGCACAGAAAAAGAAUGGCAAGCCUCACGCGCAGACCUCUGGCAGGCAGAGCGCCUCAAGAGUCCCGGGGAACCAAAAUUCCAAGAUGCGCUUUCCGCCCUAUUCGGGCAAACCGACAAUGUAGAACGAUUCUCCUCACUCGGCGGCUACGUUCUAAUCCACGCAAUCCUACAAGACAUCUGGCUAAUGACGAAAGCGGGCCGACUACCCGUAUCACGACGGAACCGCUUCACCCCCUCAUCAAUGACAUCCACACCGGAGCUCGUACACGUCGAACAAGCACUCGAACGCUGGUGCCAAUGCUGGGAACGUAACCAAGACUCCUCUAUCGACCCACUCAGCCCGAACGGCCCGCUAUCCUUCACAUCAGCAGCUCUACUCCGACUAGCUUACAUCCGACUCAACGCAGACUGCGGCUCAGCCCGCCAACUACAAACAUGGGACCCCGUCCAGAUCGCAACGAGUCUCCGUGAGAACCUCUCUGUUCGACGCGGCGACCGGCUCACGCGCGCAGCGCUCCACUGCGCACAUGCGCUCAGCACACCCGUCAAGCUCGGUAUUUCAUUUGUCGCGCACUCGCAGGUGGCGCUGUGGUCAAAUCAGCACGCUUUGUGUUCACUGGAGUGCGCGGUGUUGUUGGCUAAGUGGCUGGAGGCGAUUACGGUGUCGGAUCCGGACCCAAGGCUGACGGAGCAGGAGAUCCGGUUGCGGGAUUUCGUGCUUGAGAUGGUCAUGGAGGUGCAGCAUGGUGUUUCGAGGGAGUGGCUGCUCGCUACUAAUACACGGCUCAGUGCUGCGGUUACUCGUUUGUGGGCGCGGCUGUUUACGGCGGAUUAUAUCUGGGAGAUGGUUUCUUUGAUCGGGAGGUCUUUGAAUAGUUAUGCGGAUUUGCUAGAGCAGUAA